AUGGCUUUGACAUUCAACCCUGGCCAGAUUGUUGCUCGCAACAUCGACCCCACACAAGUCCACCCCGAGAUACUUCGCAUUGUCAUGCGCAUUUUGGACCUUCAUCUCAACGCUUUUGAGUCCACCAUUGCCGUCUCGGGAAAUGAUUACACUGCCUUCGGCGAAGAAGGCCGGCUGUUCAUGGCUUUGCAGAUGGGGCGUGUCCUUCGCAAAAGUGUCAUGUGGGUAAAAGACGGCAUCGACACAAACAGCAAUAGAUGGCUUCUUGGCCCAUGUGAUAGGUUCAUCACUGGGCCACACAUGAUCGUCUCAGUCGAUGGCAUCGCCGUCGUUGUUCGAAGACCGCCGCCUCAAUUUCUCGAGGAAGCAGCUGAAGCGACAACGCACCGCGUCAACACUCCUGAGCGGGAGAUCAAGGUACCCCGCCCGCCCAACGCCUUCAUUCUCUACCGCAAGGAUCGCCAAGCACAUGUCAAGCAGAUGGAUCCUCAAAUCCAGAACAAAGGCAUCUCGCAACUUCUGGGUAAAGCCUGGAAUGCCGAGUCCCACGAGGUUCGGGAAAAAUAUAGGGCACUCGCAAAAGCGUACAAAGAGCGUCAUAACAAACUGCACCCGGACUAUCGGUACACUCCGCGCAAACCAUCAGAGAAGCGUGGUGGCAACCGAAGGAGCGUGUCAACCCAAUCCGCUCGAUCGGUCGACUCAUCACCGAGGUGAGGUCGCGGCGAUUCCCGGCGUUUGAACGGAGCAGGAAUCACAUAUACCCCUACUUCGACGACCCGUAGCAGGCGCGGUCCACCUGCUUUACCAUGAGUAACGAAAUACCAAGAACGAGUUUUUAAAUAGCUUCAAAGGGGACGGGUGAUGCCUGUUGUAGAAACCUGUCAACCAGAAUAAGUAGCAGAGGAUGGUUUCAGC